AGCGGUGUGCGCUGUGGCGGGCGCGGAGUAUCUCGGUGUGUGGUGCGCGAUGGGCGGGUUUUGUGUUGGUUGCGGCUGGGGAGGCUGAGUUGGUUACGUCGCUGAGGCUUCUUGCAAUCGAUUUCGCGGAUCUGAACAUCUGCAGCCGUUGCUGUGUGCAGUGGCGUGGCUUUUUCGAGACGGGAUCACAGCGAGCGACUUCAGGAGUGUUGGUACAGCGCAGCUGCGCGCUGUGCAGGAUUUCGCCAAAGUGGUAUCGGGAGUCCUGGUCAUUUUGCAUGUUGAUCAACAGCUUUGCAAGUUCAUUUUGAUAGGGUUGCAUCUGGCACAUCACUUUUGCAUUGUGCAGAAGGUGCUCAGCAAGUGGCCUGCAAAAUGGCUGGAAAUGUGGGGAUGGAAAGCCUGAUUGGCAUAGUGAAUCAGUUGCAGGAUGCAUUCACACAGAUGGGUGUUAGCAUGCAGCUGGACCUGCCCCAGAUAGCUGUUGUUGGUGGUCAGAGUGCUGGGAAGUCCUCGGUAUUGGAGAAUUUUGUGGGGCAAGAUUUCCUACCCCGUGGCUCUGGCAUUGUCACAAGACGUCCAUUGGUUCUGCAGCUGAUCAACAAUCCUACUGAAUAUGGAGAAUUCUUGCACUGCAAAGGGCAACACUUCACAGAUUUUGAUGACAUCAGAAGAGAGAUCGAGGCAGAGACUGACCGUGUUACAGGUGCAAACAAAGGGAUCAGCCCAAUUCCAAUCAACCUCAGGGUGUAUUCGCCUCAUGUUCUGAAUUUGACCCUGGUGGAUUUACCUGGCAUGACAAGAGUGCCUGUGGGAGAUCAGCCCAAAGACAUUGAGGAGCAAAUCCGAAACAUGAUCAUGCAGUUCAUCACAAAGCCCAACUGCCUGGUGCUUGCUGUCACACCUGCCAAUCAAGACAUUGCAAUCAGUGAUGCUCUGAAGCUGGCAAGGGAAGUUGAUCCUGAUGGAAUGAGGACCAUCGGUGUCAUCACCAAGCUUGACCUGAUGGAUGAUGGGACUGAUGCUAAGGACAUCUUGGAAAACAAAACUUUGCCUCUGCGUCGAGGUUUUGUCGGAGUGGUGAACCGUAGUCAGCGGGACAUUGAGGGUCGCAAAGACAUCAGAGCAGCACUUGCUGCAGAAAGGAAGUUCUUCCUAAGCCAUCCAGCGUACCGAUCGAUGGCAGAUCGCAUGGGAACACCCCACUUGCAGCGGGUGUUGAACCAGCAGUUGUCCAACCACAUCAGAGAAACCUUGCCUUCACUCAGAGACAAGUUGCAAAAGCAGCUUCUAAGCAUGGAAAAGGAGGUGGAGGAGUAUAGGCACUUCAGACCUGAUGACCCAAGCAUCAAGACCAAGGCUAUGCUGCAGAUGAUCCAGCAGUUGCAGGCUGACUUCGACCGCUCCAUUGAAGGCUCUGGGAAAGGUGACGGCCGCAUCAACACCAACGAGCUGUCCGGCGGUGCCAAGAUCAACCGGCUUUUCCACGAACGGUUCCCGUUUGAGAUCGUUAAGAUGGAGUUCGACGAGAAGGCACUGCGCAAGGAGAUCGCAUUCGCCAUUCAGAACAUCCACGGCAUUCGCGUCGGUCUCUUCACGCCCGACAUGGCCUUCGACGCUAUCGUGAAGAAGCAGAUCGAGCGACUGAAGGAGCCCAGCUUGAAGUGCGUGGACCUGGUGGUGCAGGAGCUCACCAACGUGGUGCGUGCGUGUACCGAAAAGCUGGCACGCUACCCCCGGCUGCGAGACGAGGCUGAACGCAUCGUCUGCACGUUCAUUCGCGAGCGCGAGGCUGAGGUCAAGAAGCAGAUCAUUCUGCUGAUCAACUGCGAGCUGGCAUACAUGAACACAAACCACGAGGACUUCAUCGGCUUCGCCAACGCGCAGUCGCAGACGGAGAACGCCAACAAGACGGGUCGCAAGCUGGGCAACCAGGUGAUCCGCAAAGGCUGGCUGUCCAUCGGCAACCUGGGCAUCAUGCGCGGCGGCUCGCGCGACUACUGGUUCGUGCUGACGUCAGAGAGCCUUAACUGGUUCAAGGACGACGAGGAGCGUGAUAAGAAGUACAUGCUGCCGCUGGACAACCUGAAGCUGCGCGAUGUGGAGAGCGGCUUUAUAGCGCGCCGCCCGGCAUUCGCCCUCUUCUCGCCGGACGGCCGCAACGUCUACAGAGACCACAAGCAGCUGGAGCUCAGCAGCGAGACGUCGGAGGAGAUGGAUUCUUGGAAGGCGUCUUUUCUGCGCGCCGGCGUCUACCCAGAGAAGGUGUCCUCUGUCAACGGGAGUCGCGACGACGACGACGACCAGGCUGCGUCGCUGGACCCCAUGUUGGAGCGCCAGGUGGAGACCAUCCGUAACCUAGUCGAUAGCUACAUGAAGAUCGUGACCAAGACGACGCGCGACCUGGUGCCCAAGACCAUCAUGUACAUGAUGAUCGGUCAAUGCAAGACAUUCAUCAUGGGUGAGCUGCUGGCGCACCUGUACGCCAGCGGUGACCAGGCCAGCAUGAUGGAGGAGUCCGCCGAAGAGGCCUCCAAGCGCGAGGAAAUGCUGCGCAUGUACCACGCCUGCAAGGAGGCGCUGCGCAUCAUCAGUAGCGCGUCACUGGCGUGCUCGGCUGCGCCCGCCUCGGCAGCCGUUAGCAUGGACUGGGCCAACUCCACAAGCGGUGGCGGCGCGGCUGGCCGGCGCGCGCCACCGCCGACCGCGGCGCGACCGCCGCUAGUGACCGGUCGCCCGGCGCCGGCCAUCCCGUCGCGGCCGGGCGGCCGUCAGGGCCUGCCGCCGCCGCUGCAGCCG